AUGAGUAACAACGUUGGUCAUCAUGAAAAAAUUUGUGAGACAGAAUAUUUUACUCAAAUUUUACUAAAUCGUGAUGUAUCAAAUUCUUAUGAAAUUAAAAGUAGAAAUAGUACACCAAUUAUACCGAUUUCUGAUUGCACAUCAUCUCAAUAUCCUUCCAUAUAUUCAUCUGGUUUUGGAGAUAUGGAUACAACUUCUUCCUUUGUUUCAUUACCCUUGGCAUAUAAUAGUGAUUUUUAUGGAAACUGGAGCUUUGAUAAUGAAUCUAUAAAUUCAAAUUUGAAUAAUUCUGAUUAUUGUAAUUAUAAUCAAGAAAUUUUUAAUAAUUAUAAUACUUAUUCAAGUUUUAAUAAUCAAAUAUAUACAUACAAUAAUACUUUGAACAAUAAUUACAGCGAUGUCCCUUUAACAUAUUUUACAGAAGUUUACGAAAAUAAACUACAAACAUUUUCCUACCAAACAACAGAUUUUGAUUCAUGUCAAGUAAUUGAAAGUAAUUCUGAAUACAUAACAGAAUAUCAUUCGCAAGAACAACAAAUGGAGGGUAUUUUAAAUUGUGAUCAAAUAUGUAAUACUCACCAAUGGCAAAUUAAUAAAAAAACAGAAACUGUCAAUAAAAAUUCUGAUACCAUAAAGUCGUCUUAUGAUUAUAUUUAUUCUCCAGAAAUGGUAGAAAUACUUGAAUUUUUUCAUCACAACAAAAAAUCUAUCUUUGAAAAUACAAUGUUGCAUAACAGUAAUAUAAUAAAUAAUUCUUUAACAAGUGAUAUAUCAAUUAAGAUUCCAGAAAAAAUAAAGAAUGAAUCAAAAAGCUUGCAAGAAAGAGAGGUUAAAUAUGAAUUGGAUGGAAAAUAUUCGAGCAAUGAUAUUUCAAAUCAAUGUAUUAUUUUUGAUUUAAAUGUUUCAAAAAAAUUUCACAAUGGUAUGAUUGUUGAAAAUAUAGAAGUUUUUGCUACAAAUUUUAAGAAUCAAAGAAUAUCUUAUGGUUUUACACAGGGAGAUGUUGGAAGGCAUAUAGGAUUGAGAUUCGGAAAUGAAUUUUCUCAAACAACUAUCUCUAGAUUUGAAGCAUUGAAUUUAAGUUGUAAAAAUAUGUUAAAGUUAAAGCCUAAGUUAGAAGAAUGGCUUGUUAGUACACAACAACUUUUUCAACAAGGUUAUACUGCUCUUGAGAUCAAUGAAAAUAAUCUCCAUAAUAAAUUUCCUAGAGUAGCAAUAAUUGAACAGGAGGAAAAACAAAUGGUUGAAAUAAAGAAAGUUAAGAAACAGUUUUGUAAUGAUAUUUCAAAAAAAAGACGAAAAAGAACAAAUCUUGAACUUGAACAAAAGAACAUUUUAUAUAAAAAAUAUCUUGAAAAUAAUCGACCAACUGAGGAUGUUAUUAAAAAAUUGGCUAGUGAUAUUGAUUUGGAUAUUUCUGUUGUCAAAAUAUGGUUUUGUAAUAGAAGACAAAAGGAAAAAAAGUCUUUAAAAAGGAAUAUUUAA